GCUCAUUGGUCACUCAGCUCCGGAAAGCGUCAAGUCAACAGCAGUGGAAGAGCCGCACAGCAGACAUUUUAAAGAUACUUCUGUUCUUUAAUGGAAAUGGACGGAUAUGAAUAUGUCUUGGACUACAACUACACUGACGAAGGCAAUUUCACUCCUCACGAGGAGUCAGUUUUUCAGCACAAAUCAACGUGUUCAAAGGAAGUCCUGUGUGUGUCUUUGCUGGUGGUCAGUAUAAUCAUUUUUCUGCUGGGUUUUUUCGGGAAUGCUUUGGUCAUCUGGAUCACUGGCUUUAAGAUGAAGAAGACGGUCAACACUACCUGGUACCUGAGCCUCGCAAUCUCUGACUUUGUCUUCUGCGUCUUUCUCCCGUUCAACAUCACCCACACGGCGAUGGAUGAGUGGAUCUUUGGACGCUUCAUGUGCAAGUUCACCCCCUUGGCUAUGUUCGUCAACAUGUUCAGCAGUAUCUUCCUCUUGGUCGUCAUCAGUGUUGACCGCUGUAUGUUGGUCAAGUUUCCAGUCUGGUCCCAGAAUCACCGCACUGUAAGGAAGGCAUCUGUUGUUGUUAUAAUAGCCUGGGUUGUCGCUAUCGCACUGAGCAUUCCCUCUACAAUCUUUCGAGAUGUUCACACUUAUCUGGGCAAGACCUCUUGCUACAACAACUAUACAUCAAACCCGCAAAGUCACAGAAUUAUUGCAUUUAGCCGUUUCCUAGCAGGGUUUGUUGUCCCUUUCAUCAUCAUCAUUAUCUGCUACUCUGUCAUCAUCCUCAAACUUCGCACCAACAGGAUGGCCAAAUCCACCAAGCCCCUCAAAGUCAUGACUGCCCUUGUUGCUGCUUUUUUCAUCUGCUGGCUGCCCUACCACCUGUUCAUCCUACUUGAGCUAAACCAUCAAAACUACGACCACAACAUUUUAAUAGUCGGACUACAAGUUGGCACAGCUAUGGCCGCAGCAAACAGCUUCCUCAACCCAGUGUUGUAUGUUUUCAUGGGCAACGACUUCAAGCGGAAGUUCAAGAGUUCUGUGCUCGCAAAGAUGGAAAAUGCGAUGGGAGAGGAAGGCCGCACCACAAGCCGAUACCUGUCCAGGUCCAGCUCCAUGGACGGCAGAGCAUCAACGCAUAUCUAGAGGUCUCAGAUUUGUUUGCUCAUUUGCCAAUAAAAUACUGUUUUCAAACAUGCAGUUAAUUACCAAAAGAUAUGAAAUAUGUUUUUUUUAGUAAUUAAAAAAACACUCAUGGAUUAAAUUUGUAGAGAUUCACUGUACAAAUGAACAUUUUUGUCCUGUUUUUCCACAAGAGCAGAGAAAACUACUGCAGUUUAACCUCACAAGCACAUCGUGUAGUUGAUGAAUUAUCUGUUUCUGUGUGUUAUAGAAAUCUGAAAAAUGUGAACUUGGCUCAUGUUGUAUUUCAGGAUGGGUGACAUCAGUCUCACUCAGCAGAAGGAAUAGUAACUGUGGAAAGUUUCUAAUUUUAGCUGCAGCACAAAUCUUUUGUUGUAAAUACAAGGAAUGUAAAAUAUGGAGUAUAUUUUCUGAUAAUAAAUGCAUAAAAAAUUAUUAUCAUUAUAUUUAGCAAUGUCUUUCUGUAGUAAAAUUACACUCUAAGGGUUUGUCUCACUCAAAAUAAUUUGCGAAUGUUCAUGAUCACAAAUGGAAGCAGUGUCAUGUUUCACAAAUAUUAGUCACUCGCAAAUUGCAGAUAAACUGUGAGUCCUGCAGGGCUCACGCAUGUUCAGUUAUGGGUUACAAGUAUGCAGAUCAUUUUGAUUAGUCAAACAUGUCAAAGUUCAUUGCUGUUGAUGCAAAUUUGGCAAAAUGGGCUCCAGGCUUUUGGCAGUGAGUUUAUGCAUUGUUGUUUUCAUUUGUUUAGCAUUUGAAAUCACUCAGAAACUUGAGUGAGGUUUCCUUGAACACUGAAACAAAAUGAUAAACACAAGGCCAUGCAAAUUAAAAACACACGCUGACGGAAAAAGAAUUGAGUUCUGGUAUUUCCUUUUCAUGCAGAUAAAACCUCAACUGGCCUUGCACUCAAAAAGAGUUGUUCUGUGGUUUUAUUUACUGACACAACAGCAUGCAACAAUUUUUGUGUUGCAGCAUCUAUGUACAUUGUAUUAAACUGAUCCAAAUACAAUAUGCAAAUGGGCAGAGGUCCGUUUUUGAGAUGUGUGCUGUGAUAGUUUUCAUAAGAAGAAAAGCUGCUGUUUAAUGAUUAAAAAUAGGAAAUUAACAUCUAAAAGAAUUAGAGAAGUACAUAUAUAGUCAGUUUCCUCCACUGAUCUGUAUACUGUAAUUGGUUUUGGACACAAGUUUAUUGUGUGAGGUGAAUGUCUCUUAACAACUCAGUGCAAUAAUCACAAUGCUGUAUAAAUACAACACACCCAGCUUGUUGAAUGGACUUGUGUUUUUGUCAUUUCAUGUAUGAAAGCUGUACAAUGAGUGUGUUACGUGCAAUAGAUGUUUAAAUGUGUUUUCUCUCUCAGUCUCUGUUUUCUGAAAUAAAGAUGCAAUUAAUACAAUCA